CCUUUGCUGCUUCUCAUUCUUCAGCCAGUUACCUUCCAUCAGUGGCCCUGCCAGCCUCUUAUCAUAUUUCCGCCCUGUUUGCUGAACAGGUCUUGCAGAAAUGUACUCACAGUCAGGCAGGUCGAAACACAGCUCAGGUGUGGUUCUGGCUGCCUUCUCUCCAUCUCUCAGUCACGCUCGCAAACAGACAGACAAAAACUAAUCACUGUUGCCUCUGUCAGUGAGCGACAGUGACCAUCCUCUCUUCCAGAAGGCCUCAGACCGAGCGAUCAUUGAGGAGUCUCCCUGAAACCAUGGACAGCACACUGGAGAACGAUCAGAGCUGGAUCCCCAAGGUGAUAAAGAAGAAAAUCUGUUCCACCUUCCUCGAAGAUACAACUACUCAAAGCAAACAGCAGCUCUGCCAAUGUGGUUAUCCCAAGACUCGCCACAGCCAGGUGGCAAUGGAGGACAACUUUGGGGCUGCCGUGGUUAGCAGAUGGAACACGGCUGAUCACACGACAGAGGAGCCAACCGAUGCAUUUGGAGACGUGGCAUUUUUCAGGAAAGGGAGAAGGCAAGGCAAGUUUGUGCGGCUUUCUUCGGACACUGACCCUGCGAUCGUCUACACCCUCAUCACCCAUUUCUGGGGGAUAGCGCACCCCAACCUGGUGGUGUCCGUUGUCGGGGGUGAACAGAGCUUAAAGAUGAAGACCUGGCUGAAGGACAUCCUGCGUCGAGGACUAGUCAAAGCUGCACAAAGUACAGGGGCGUGGAUUAUGACGAGCGGACUACAAGUUGGGAUUGGCAAGUAUGUUGGUCAGGCAGUGCAUGACCAUGCUACAGCAAAUACACGGUCGACUGCCAAGGUGGUUGCCAUGGGGAUAGCACCUUGGGGAAUAGUGUACGAGAAAGAGCGCCUUGUGAACCCCAAGGGGUCCUUCCCUGCCGAAUACACUGUGAGCAGUGACAAAGAUGAAGAGUACACGCUGGAUGACAAUUACUCUGCCUUCCUUCUGGUGGACGAUGGCACCAACAAACAAAUGGGGGGAGAAAUUCAGUUCCAAGCACGGCUGGAGCAACAUAUAUUGACACAGAGGACAGGAAUCGGAGGGAGAGGAAGCAUCGAGAUCCCUGUGCUGUGCAUGCUGAUCCAGGGAGGGCCUAACAUGCUGGAGAGAAUUUACAAAGCCACAACGAACAACAUCCCAUGGCUCAUCCUGGCAGGGUCAGGGGGUCUAGCGGACAUCUUGGCUGAGGUCAUGAUGGGAUCCUUCACAGCGGAGACCCUGAAGAAGGAGGUGGAAGUGCAGAUCCAGAAGCAUUUUCCUUCCGAAGACAUCCAGAGGCUGGUCGAGCUGGUGGAGAGGAUUUUUGAAAACAAGCAACUAAUAACAGUCUACAGCGCAGACCUCGAUGGGACAGAAGAGUUCGAUACAAUCAUUUUAAAGGCGCUCUUCAAAGCCUGUAAGAAGGAGAGAACCACUGCCCAGAAUUACCUCGAUGAGCUGAAGCUGGCGGUGGCCUGGAGCCGAGUGGAUAUUGCCAAAAGCCAGUUCUUUAAUGGAGAAAUCGAGUGGAAAUCUAGCGACCUGGAGGACCCCAUGACUGCUGCCUUGGUGAACAACAAGACGGAGUUUGUCAAGCUGUUCAUCGACAACGGGUUUAACAUGGUGGAGUACCUCUCAUACCGACGCCUGGAGGAGCUCUACAGCACAGUGGCAAGCAAAUCCCUCCUCAAUAGCUUCCUACAGAAGAAGAAAGAGGAGAGGAGGUCCUCGCAAGGGGGCAAUGAGUCCAUGCUGCUGCCCGUCAACCCAAACUUAUCUGGGGCUCAGCAGAGCUACACACUCCUCGAGGUGUUGAAGGUGCUGAAGGACCUGAUGGGAGAUUUUUGCGAGCCCAUGUAUGGACAACUCUUCAAACGGGCUGACUCUCACAGAAACAAGCCAUUACUGAAACCCCAGGAGCUCUCCUAUCAGAUGAGGAAAUGCACCACUCCCUGGACAGAUCUGUUCAUCUGGGCAGUCCUGCAAAGCCGCAACGAGAUGUCCACCUACUUCUGGGAAAUGGGCGGAGAGUCAGUGUCUUCUGGCCUCGUUGCCUGCAAGAUCCUGAGGGAAAUGGCUCGAUACCAGCCAGAAGCAGAAGGGGCCCAACUCAUGAAGGAGAUGGCAGCAAAGUUUGCCCAACUGUCGCUAGACGUGUUCAACCAGUGUUACCGUCACAAUGAGAAGCGUGCGUUCCGGCUGCUGGUGCGGCAGUGCCCACUGUGGGGCAGUGCCACCUGUCUACAGCUUGCCAAUGAGGCCGACGCCCGAAAUUUUCUUGCUCAUGACGGAGUCCAGGCCCUCCUGAAUCAGAUCUGGUGGGGGGAGAUGGACAGGAACACAGAAACCUGGAAGCUGUGCAUCGCUUUCUUCUGCCCCCUUUUCAUAUACAGUAGCCUCAUCAAGUUCAGCAACAGCAGGGAGGAACACAUGACAGAGAAGAACACAUCUGAUUUGGACAGUAUCGAUGGUGAUUUAUUGCUUCCCAAAUCUGACAUCUAUCAUGACAGUGAAGCUGACGUCAGUGUGUCGCCUGGCAACAUGCGGCCAUUUUGGAUGAUUCGAUGGAAGCAGUUCUGGGGAGCUCCUGUCACCUCGUUCUUUGGGAACGUUAUCAUGUAUUUUGCCUUCCUGUUCCUCUUUGCCUAUGUCCUGAUCCUGGACUUGCCCCUUAAGAAUCCAUCGAUAGCAGAGCUCAUCCUGUAUUUCUGGGUCCUCACACUCGCCUUCGAAGAGAUCCGACAGACCUUCUUUGUCAGCAUGAACAUCUCCUUGAAGAAGAAGGUGAAGCUGUAUUAUCAGGACAUGUGGAACAAGUGCGACAUUCUGGCUAUCCUCAUGUUUGUCGCCGGGGUCAUCAGCAGAAUGUUCAGCUCGUGGUACGAGAUGGGCCGGGUCAUUCUCUGCCUCGACUUCAUGGUCUUCUGCUUUCGGCUGGUUCACAUCUUCGCCAUCCACAAGCAGCUGGGACCAAAGAUCAUCAUCGUCGGCAAGAUGAUCAAAGAUGUGUUCUUCUUUCUAUUCUUCCUGGGAGUCUGGUUGAUGGCGUAUGGAGUGGCCACCCAAGGCCUCCUUUACCACACCGAGUCCCGUGCCAGUUGGAUUUUCCGCAGGGUGUUCUACCGGCCCUACCUGCAGAUCUUCGGGCAGAUCCCACUCGAUGAACUGGACGCUACUCGCUUUCACUCCAGAUGCCCAGAUAAUCUCACCGAGGGCUCAGAGGAAGAACUGUCGACCUGCACCAACACCUAUGCCAACUGGUUGGUCAUCUUGCUGCUGACCAUCUUCCUCCUGAUCGCCAACAUCCUGUUGGUCAAUCUGCUCAUCGCCAUGUUCAGUUACACCUUCAAUAAAGUUCAGGAGAAGAGUGACAUCUAUUGGAAAUUCCAACGCUACAAUCUGGUCGUGGAGUAUCACAAACGACCUGCAUUGGCUCCUCCCUUCAUAAUCCUGAGCCACAUCCACAUCUUCAUCAAAAGAAACAUACGGAAGGUCCCCACGGUGAAGGGCAGGCUCUUCAUAACAGACCUCUCGGAGGCCGUGGCCAACAGACUGAUGACUUGGGAGGCGGUGCAGAAAGAGAACUACCUGCUGUCUCGCAACAGAAUCAAACGAGAAAGCAACAUGGAGCGACUGAAGAGGACUGCACAAAAGGUUGACAGUGUUCUAAGCUACAUCACUGACAUCAGGGACCAUGACAGGCGGCUAAAGGUAAUUGAGAAACAGAUAGAGUAUUGCACCGAAGCAUUACAGUGGUUAGCGGAAUCCUUGCUGCAAAGUAACCUCAUCGGGAAUGCCAGAGCCCCACCCACAUUUACAGAUCCUUCAUCAAAAAAGACCACAGGCUGUAACGAUUCUAAAUGAAAACUGCCUCAGCAUUGCUAACCUACACUGUGAAUAUCAAGAUCCUUAAACUUGCCUUUCGAUUGUGGACAUCGAACAGAGAUUAAAUUCGGGUCCUGUGGACUGAUGAUCUGAUCUGCAUCUUGUUUCUGAAGGUGGAAGCCCACAGUUGUAACUGAGAUUUUAUUGCGUUCUGUACCCAUUGAUGGGUACAGGGCUGGGGCAGAGAAAUGGAGCUAGCUCUGGGUGCUCAAGCAAAGAGGUAGCACAAAGACAGUGUCUCCUCCCCGUGUUGUGAGUGUCACAAUUUGUACAGAUUUUAAAUCUUGUUAUUUUCUUUUGAAUAAGUGGGAUGAAUUACAUUGAGAGUCCUGACAAUUUAACUCUUCAAUUGAUGGCAGGUUCCAAAACUUUCUAAAUUCCCUCGUUUUAUUCAUUCCUUCGCUUUGUUACAAGUGUGAAGGUUAUAGGAUUAUUACUUUUUAGGAUUAUAUCUUUGGGUUUAUUAGGUGAACAUAGUGUUCUACCUCACAGAGCUAAAAAUGAAGUCCUGCUAUUCCCGGAACCAUUGCAAAAGUUAAGGUUUUUAAAAUACACACAAAGUUCCCCAGUUCAGACCCAGCUCAGAGAAAGCACGGACCAAGUUUCUGUCCUUAACAGAAAUCCCUACUAUAAAUAAUUGGAUUGCAGCUACAGGUAAACCAUUAUAAACCAUCGACAUAUAACUCUACCAGUUAAAACUCUAACCGCCCUAUAAACACACACACACUCAGAGACACACACUCACACACACACACACUCAGACAUACAUGCGCACACACAACACUCAGAGACACUCUCACUCACACACACACACACUCAGAGACACACACUCACACUCAGACAUACAUGCGCACACACAACACUCAGAGACACACACUCACACUCAGACAUACACGCGCACACACAACACUCAGAGACACUCUCGCUCACACUCACACUCAGACAUACACGCACACACACAACACUCAGAGACACUCUCGCUCACACACACACACUCAGAGACACACACUCACACUCAGACAUACAUGCGCACACACAACACUCAGACACUCACACACACACACACUCAGAGACACACACGCACACUCAGACAUACAUGCGCAUACACAACACUCAGAGACACUCUCACUCACACACACACACACUUAGAGACACACACACACUCAGACAUACAUGCACACACACAAUACUCAGAGACACUCUCACUCACACACACACACACACACACACACACACACUCAGAGACACACACACACUCAGACAUACAUGCGCACACACAACACUCAGAGACACUCUCACUCACACACACACACACACACACACACAACGUACACCGACAGGGGGGAAAAUAUGGGUGUUAUGGGCAGUGGCAAAGACUGGAAAGGCAGUUCAGUGGUUCUUGUUGAUGCAGAUUGCUGAGAUGAUUCUUAUGACUCUUGUGUUGCCUCUCAGUCUACCUGCUCUGAAAGUUUUCACUAGUUUACAAGGUGGCUGGUUCAAACUGAUUAAAGAUAUCUGCCUUACUAAUUAAAAGUCACUGCUUACGGCAACCUCUGGAGAAAAAAUGAACUGGUUUUCUUCAGGCUUAAACUGCAGGGAACUAAGUGAGCUCCUGAGCCCAGGAGUUCUUAGGCUUCUCACUAUUUUGUUCACAUUCCCAACCUGGUAAGCUAUCUGAAAGCUAAUCAUAUAGUAAUCAGAAGGGCUUUAUUAUUGAUAACUGGUCACCAGUUCACAAACGGAUCAGCUUCUUGUUGCCAACCAAAGAUCCAUUUGCACUCAACUCUUCGGUGCCAGCUUAUCUGCAAACUACACUUCGACUACUACAGCUGUGUAUAGACACAGAGUGGUGCUUUCAUAAUA